AUGGCUUCACUUGAAAAGGGUAGGCUUUCACGUCGCUCGGUUCCCCGCCGAAGUUACGCUGUCGAAGAUACUUCCGACUCGGAGGAUUCUGGAAAUGUAACACCCUCAGCCUCGACGCACGAUGACGACGAUGAUGAUGAUGAUGAGAGUACCGAGGGCGAAGAUGACUAUACACCAGUUCCAAAGAAAGCAAGGCGCACGUCACACCAAAUCCCAGAGCCCAAAACGCCUAGUACAGUGCGCCCAGCGCGCAAAUCGCGACCAUCGAUAGCUGAAGAAUCGGAUGCCUCGCAGGUCACCGAUACGGACGAGAAUGACGAGAAAGAACAGCCCGAUGAGAAUGACGACGACGCGACGGAUGAUUCUGCCAGUGUCGCAUCUGUUGAGGCUGACCCCGAGUCUCCUUCCCAGACCGCUGCACUUAAGAGAAAGAGUGUUGAGCCUGUGGAAGCCGAUCCUGACUCCCCUUCGAACAAGGUGGCUACAAAAAGACACAGUACGUCCUAUUCCAAUAAGAGUCGUAGCUCAAUCACUUCUAAGGCGGCAAAUGACUCACUUCCUACUCCAGAGUCAUCUGCAUCGCCAGAGCAAACGCAUACUCGACGGGAUAGUGUCGCACCUCUCGCCGAUAUUGCCGAGUCUGCUAUCAACAAAUCGCAGUCCCCAUCAAAGCAACAUGAUGAACCGAAGGCCGAAUUUUCCAUUAUCAAUCCAAACUCAACCGUAUUGGAAAAACCAAUGGAUAUUGUGAUGAAGUCUAGAAAUUUGGGUGUUCCCGCACCCGAGGAACCUACAGAACCCCAACCACGAAUGAUUAUUCAAAAUUUGAUCUUAGAGAACUUCAAAAGUUAUGCUGGAAAGCAAGCCGUUGGACCUUUUCAUGCCUCUUUUUCAUCUGUUGUCGGACCUAACGGCUCAGGAAAGUCGAACGUGAUUGAUUCGUUGCUUUUUGUUUUCGGUUUCCGUGCUAGCAAGAUGCGACAGGGAAAGAUCUCGGCACUCAUCCAUAAGUCUGCUCAAUACCCCGAUCUCCCCUUCUGUGAAGUGCAGGUGCACUUCGAACAAGUCCUCGAUCUUCCUGGGGGUGGUCACGAGGUGAUCUCAGGUUCUCAACUGAUUAUUUCGCGGCGAGCUUUCAAGAACAACAGCAGCAAAUACUACAUGAACAAGAAAGAGACCAAUUUCACCACCGUGACUGCCUUCCUCCGCGAGAAAGGAAUCGAUCUCGAUCACAAGCGAUUUCUUAUCCUUCAGGGAGAGGUUGAAUCUAUUGCUCAGAUGAAAGCCAAGGCCACAAAUGAACACGACGAUGGCCUUCUUGAAUAUCUCGAAGACAUUAUAGGAACUUCAAAAUACAAAACACCGAUCGACGAGGCAGCGACCGAAGUGGAAACUCUGAACGAUGUUUGUGUCGAGAAAAACAAUCGGGUUCAGCACGUGGAGAAAGAGAGGAAUGCCCUGGAAGACAAGAAGAACAAGGCACUAGCGUACUUGCAGGACGAGAACGAGAUUGCUUCAAAACAAUCUGCCCUCUUCCAGAUCUACAACACUGAAACUCUGGAUAACAUGCGUGCUACCGAGGAUGCCAUUAUUCAGAUGACAGCAGAGCUGAACCAGGAACUGGAAAAGCACCAAGGCAAUGAAUCUGGGAUCAAGGAGCUUGAGAAAUUCUACAAGCGUGGGGCUCAUGAGUUCGAGACAAUGGAAGGAGAAAGCAAAUCGCUGCUCAAGGAGAUGGCGAAGUACGACAAAGAGUCCGUCAAGUUCGAAGAGAAGAAGAAAUUCUUGCUUGGCAAACAGAAGAAGCUGGACAAGACUAUUCAAACGAGUCGCCUUUCUGGCUCAGAGUGUCAGAGUUUGGUUGAGAAAUACACCGACGACAUCGAGAAGAAAACCAAAGAAAUUGAUCAGCUAGAGAAGGAAAUGAAAGUGGAGGAGGAAGAGCUGACCUCGAUCCGUGAAAGUCUCAAAGGCAAAACUCAGGGCAUGUCAGACCAGAUUGCAGCCAAACAAAAGUCACUCGAGCCUUGGAACGAGAAGAUCAAUAAGAAGCAAUCCUCAGUUGCUGUUGCACAGAGUGAGCUUGAUAUCCUUCGUGAGAGAAGCAAUGCAGGCGCUGUCUUACUUGAGGAGGCGCAUAACAAAAUUGCCACUAUUCAAGAGACCUUGCAGACCAAGGGAACCGAUCUUGAAGAGCGACAUGCUCAGAAAAAGACCCUCGAGGCCGAAGUCCAAAAACUGAAACACGAUCUGGGCAAGUACAUUGCGAGAGAGCCCGAUGUUCGUUCACAUGUUUCCAACGCUCGACAAAAAGCCGAUGAAGCUCGCUCAAGCUUGGCCAGCACGCAGAACCGUGGGAGUGUGUUGACUGGAUUGAUGCGACUCAAAGAAUCUGGUCGUAUCGACGGAUUCCAUGGUCGUCUUGGUAAUCUCGGAACGAUCGAUGAAAAGUAUGAUGUCGCAAUCUCUACUGCAUGUCCUGCUCUCGAGAACAUGGUGGUUGAAAGUGUGGAAAUUGGUCAGCAGUGUAUCGACUAUUUGCGCAAAAACAAUCUUGGUCGUGCCAACUUCAUUCUCCUAGAUCGCUUGGCUCGUCGCGAUAUGUCGACUAUAUACACUCCUGAAAGUGUCCCACGUCUCUUCGAUCUCAUCAAGCCCAAGGAUCCCAAGUUCGCCCCCGCCUUUUACAAUGUGUUGCAAAACACCUUGGUCGCCAAGGAUCUAGACCAAGCCAAUCGUAUUGCCUACGGUGCUCGGCGUUGGCGAGUGGUGACAUUGGAUGGCCAGUUGAUCGAUGUUUCUGGAACAAUGAGUGGCGGUGGUACUCGCGUCGCACGAGGUGGCAUGUCAUCAAAGCAAGUUGCUGAGACCUCAAAGGAACAGGUGGCUCGUCUUGAAUCGGACCUUGAGGAAUUGGAGCGCAAAUUUCAGCACUUCCAAGAAAAACAGCGAAAUGUGGAGUCUCAGAUGCGGGAGAAGUCUGAGGAGAUUCCUCGUGUUGAGACUAAGAUCCAAAAGAUUUUGAUUGAGAUCGACAGUGCAAAGCGCAGUCUUGUCGAUGCCCAGCGCCGGGUGAAGGAGAUCAGUGCCGAGCACAAGCCAUCCAAAUCUGAUGCAUCUCAGGCUGCUGCCCUCGAGCAGCAAAUCGAAUCCUUGAACGAGGAGAUCAAAGAUCUCAACGGUCAGAAGAGUGGCAUCGAAGAAGAGAUCCAGACACUUCAAAAUAAAAUCAUGGAAGUCGGUGGUGUUCGCCUUCGUGGGCAAAAAGCGAAGGUUGAUGGACUGAAGGAGCAAAUCAAUCUCUUGGCCGACGAGGUCUCCAACGCCGAGGUGCAAAAAUCGAAAAACGAGAAGCUCAUAAUCAAGCAUACCAAGGCUUACGACACAUCCAACAAGGAUAUGAGUCAAAUCGAGGCGGACUUGCAAAAGAUUGAAGAAGAUGUGGAAAAACAAGCUAAUGAUGCAUCUGGUUGGAGACAAAAGGCCGACGAGGCGCAAGAGGCUCUUGAGACCAAGAGAGGUGAGCUGAAGGCUCUGAAACAAGAGCUUGAUGACAAAACCGCAGAGCUCAAUGAGAGCCGAGCUAGUGAGAUCGAACUGCGUAAUAAACUCGAGGAGAACCAAAAGGCUCUUGCUGAGGGCCUGAAAAAGAGUCAGCACUGGGAGGACAGGAUUUCAAAACUGUCUUUGCAGAAAGUAAGCGAUCUGGGCGAGGAGCAAGAACCUACAGAACUACAGACGUUCACCAGGGACGAGCUAGCAGCCAUGAACAAGGUUGAAUUGAAGUCAGAGAUUUCCGAGUUGGAGCAGAAAGUAGCACAAGCAUCUGUUGAUCUUUCAGUCAUUGAGGAGUACCGCCGGCGUUCUGCUGAACAUGAGUCUCGCUCUGCAGAUUUGACUACUGCUCUGUCCACUCGUGACAGCGCCAAGUCUCGCCUCGACGGUCUCCGCUCUGCACGUUUGAACGGCUUCAUGGAAGGGUUUAGUAUUAUCUCUCUGCGUCUGAAGGAGAUGUACCAGAUGAUUACCAUGGGUGGCAACGCGGAACUGGAGCUUGUAGACUCGUUGGAUCCAUUCUCUGAGGGUAUUUUGUUCUCUGUCAUGCCGCCAAAGAAGAGCUGGAAGAACAUUAGCAAUUUAUCUGGUGGUGAAAAGACAUUGUCUAGUUUGGCGCUUGUUUUCGCCCUGCACCACUACAAGCCAACUCCGCUCUACGUCAUGGACGAGAUUGAUGCGGCCUUGGAUUUCCGUAAUGUCUCUAUUGUGGCAUCUUACAUCAAGGAACGAACAAAAAAUGCGCAAUUCAUUGUUAUCUCUUUGAGAAACAACAUGUUCGAACUCGCAUCUCGACUUGUUGGUGUCUACAAGGUAAAUCAUAUGACAAAGAGUGUUACAAUCGAGAAUAAAGACUAUAUUGAGAGUCGAUGA